UCGCGGCAAAGUUUCCCUUCGUAUCUCCCUUCUGUUGUCAUUCCAGGCCAACCGUGCGUGCCAUUUCACGCAGCUUUCUACCUUCUCUUCUCUAGCUCUCGCCGGCCUCUCGUCGAGACAGAGCGAUGGUGCGAGUGGGCCUUCAGGCCUUGCACGACCUUGCGAGCGGUGCUACCGCGCAGCAUGCUCCCCUCAGCUCCGUGGCGAUCGUGAUCCUCGCGGUGGCCGCGACGGUGGCCUUGGCGGCCAUCGCGGCCUUUGGGUGCGCGGAUGGCUUCAAGAAGCCGCGCCGGAACAACAACAACGUCUACUACUACGGCCAGGGCCACCCGCCGCCCCCCGCCGGGGCGUACGGCUACCCGGCGCAGCAGCCGGCCCCCGGCUACGCGUACCCACAGAGCUCCGGCAGGACGGGGCGCAGCGGGCUCGGUGCCGGCGCGGGGCUCGCUGUCGGCGCGGUGGGAGGGCUGGCCGCCGGCGCUAUCAUCGGCUCGGCGCUCGACUCGGGCGGCGGAGGCGGGUGCGGAGGAGGCGGCUGCGGUGGCGGCGGUUGCGGCGGUUGAGCUGUUCUUCUUUUUGGCUCGUGUGGUUAGCCAUCGAUCUUCUAUUAUUUAAGUAUUAAAAAAUUAUAGACAACUCGUUAUUAUAAAUAGGUUUAGAUUAAACUAAAAAGUUAUUAUUAAAUAUGAUUAAUAAGUAGCUAAUUUCAAAAUUAAAAUCUAUAAAAAAUUAGUAGUUCAAUUUUUAUAUAGUUUGGGAAGCAAAAUAUAUAAAUAAAAAAUCCAAAAAUAAAAUAAAUAAUAAUUGAAAUUAAGGUUAGAAUAGAAAAAAAUUCAUAUCACAUGUAGUCUUAGAAAAAAAUUAAAUUAUUAUAAAAACUAAUACCUAAAUAAAGAGUACGUGUAAAAUAUAAUUAAUUAAAGAUUAUCAUGAAAAAACAUAUCGUGAGACUAGCUAUGUCUCACUGGUUGUGAUUAUUUUAAAUACUUUAUAAAUUUGCCAGGAUGCACAUGUGAAGGUGUGAUCAACAUGGUGUAUUAACAACUUUGUAACUCACCGAAUUUUAUUGUGAAAAGGUAUAAUUUAUGAAUUGGAAUGUGUAUAUCACUUUGUGUUUUUCCAAUGUAAUCCUCGCGACGUCCGGUCCAAAUUUUGGUACUGUAUGA